CCCUGUCCCGAUUCGCUACCUGCCUCUGGUCCUUGUGGUGCCCAGCAGAAGAUGGACGUCACCAUCCAGCACCCCUGGUUCAAGCGUGCUCUGGGGCCCUUCUACCCCAGCCGGCUGUUCGACCAGUUCUUCGGUGAGGGUCUCUUCGAGUAUGACCUGCUGCCCUUCCUGUCCUCCACCAUCAGCCCCUACUACCGCCAGUCUCUCUUCCGCACGGUGCUGGAUUCUGGCAUCUCCGAGCUCAUGAGCCACAUGUGGUUUGUAAUGCAGCAACCACAUGGCGGAAACCCCAAGAACAACCCUGGCAAGGUCCGGUCUGACCGGGACAAGUUCGUCAUCUUCCUGGAUGUGAAGCACUUCUCUCCUGAGGACCUCACCGUGAAGGUGCUGGAGGACUUCGUGGAGAUCCAUGGCAAACACAACGAGAGACAGGACGACCACGGCUACAUCUCCCGGGAGUUCCACCGCCGCUACCGCCUCCCUUCCAACGUGGACCAGUCGGCCCUGUCCUGCUCCCUGUCCGUGGACGGCAUGCUGACCUUCUCUGGUCCCAAAGUCCAGUCGGGCCUGGACGCUGGCCACAGCGAGCGGGCCAUCCCCGUGUCUCGGGAGGAGAAGCCCAGCUCGGCGCCCUCGUCCUAA